AUGAAGGUACUCUCCGCAAUACUCUUCUUGCUCAACGUCGUUCUCUUUUUCCUCUUCAAUUUGUUUACUAUUUGUCGCGACCCCUUCUGGCCGGAGAUCUGGUCGAAAAUGCUCCGACAUCCCGUACAGAGUCUGUUCCUCGGGACGUAUCCGAUGGGCUUAGCCACCAUCCUCAACAUCGCGGCAGCGUUGAUCAGUACAGAGUACAAGUUUGGCGGUAAUGCAUUCCUCUAUUCAACUCCUCCUGCUGCAGCAGUUCGACCAGUUCGGUCCGGGAACCACACGGGUACGUUUCUGCCGCCAGUGCACUCUCGGCCUAAUACUGCUCCGCGGAUUGUCGCGAUUCGCAACUCGAGCAUGCGACUCGAAGUUCUUCGGUCGGUGUUUUCAGGAAUCGGUCGCUUUGUCGACUAG